AAUAAUUCCUACUCACACACUCGGGAUCCUGAAAGAGAGAGGUCAUUAUCAAAAAGUAUUUUGGAGUUAAAGGAGUUAGCGUUUCAUCUCGGAGUCACCAGUCAGAUUAUUCAUUAGUGUGGCUCUAGACAGGGGAGGAAUAUAUUCUAAGUGACAUCGGAGCGACACUCUCACACGCUUAAACUGAGAUCACAAGCGAUCCUUCAGCUGUAAUUAUUGCAAUAUUAACAGUGUUGAAUUUUAAUUUGAAAUCGUAGUUUAGGACUUUGAUAUUGGACUCUUGAAAUUUGAAUUUGAAGAACGCGCGCCAAACCUCACAGAUGUCAGAGGACACGUGAAAACAGUAACACGUGAAAAAGAUGAAGAAUCAACGGAAAAUCGUAAAGAGAAAAUUAAAUAAUGUACUAACUGAAAAUAAUGUUAAAAAAGAAGAACCAGAUUCGACAAAAUCCAUAUUUGAAGAAGAAUCGGAUUCAGGUACUGAAGACUUAUUGUCUACUGAAGUGAACAACAAUGACGAAAGUUCAGAUGAGGAAGUAAAUGAAAAUGAAGACGUUCCUGUAUCAGACACUGAACAGGAUCAAAUUGUUUUUGAAUCCGACGAUGAAGAAAGUGAUUUAAGUUUUGAGACAGAUUCAGAUGAUCUUGGUCUAGAUUAUUCUGAAAGUGAUGAAGAAAGUAUUUCUCUUAAUGAAAGCAAUGAUGAAAGUAAAGAUGAAAAUUUGAAAAAGAAAAGCGAAAAUUUUAAUACUCCCACAACAUCUAAGGAUAAUGUAUCUGAAAAAAUAAAGAAAAAUAAAUCUUCCAAAACUAAUAUUAAUACUAAAAAUACAUCUGAUACAUUACAAACCAAAAAGCAAAGUAAGAAAACAAACAAAAUUAAUAAAUCAGAUGAAUUAAAUAUUGGUGAAGUUGUACAAAAGGAUAAGGUACAGAAUAAAAAAAACUUAAAAUCAGAUAUAGAAAAAUCUAAAAGAAAGAAUACUAAGAAUAGUACUGAAUCUAAUAUAAACAAUGAAAAUAAUGACGAGACAAUAGCAGAUCAAGAAGUAGAUGAGUAUGAAUAUGAUAGUUCUGAUGAAGAAGAUAUACGUAAUACAGUUGGAAACAUACCAAUGAAGUGGUAUGAUGAAUACGAUCACAUUGGUUACAAUUGGGAUGGCAAAAAAAUUAUAAAACCUCAGAAAGGUGAUCAACUAGACAAUUUUUUGAAAAGAAUGGAAGAUCCUGAUUUCUGGAGAACAAUUAAAGAUCCUCAAACUGGGCAAGAUGUUGUAUUAAGUGAAGCAGACAUAGAUUUAAUUACAAGGAUACAAAAACGAAAAAUUCCAGAUGUAACAUUUGAUGAAUAUGGUCCAUGGAUAGAAUGGUUUACUUCAGAGGUAAUGAAGACACCAUUACGUAAAUUUCCUGAACAUAAACGUUCAUUCUUACCAUCUAAACCAGAAGCUAGAAAGGUAUCAAAAUUAGUUCAUGCGCUUAAAAUGGGUUGGAUAAAGUCAACAGCAGAAUUAAAAAAAGAAAGGGAACAGAAGACAAAUAAACCACAAUUUUACAUGUUGUGGCAAUCAGAUGAUCAAGCUGAAGAAAUGCGUAGAAUUCAUAAACAUAUUCCUGCACCAAAAAGACAUUUGCCUGGACAUGCAGAAAGCUAUAAUCCUCCUCCAGAAUACUUAUUCGAUAAUAAAGAAUUGAAAGAAUGGAAUAAAUUACAAACAACUCCAUGGAAACGAAAAUUACACUUCAUUCCACAAAAAUACAAUUCUCUCCGCGAAGUUCCAGCUUAUCCCAAAUAUGUUAAAGAAAGAUUUCAGAGGUGUCUAGAUUUGUACUUGUGUCCUAGAGCACUGAAAAUGAGAUUAACAAUAGAACCAGAAGCCUUAGUACCUCAGUUACCCAGUCCAAAGGAUCUACAACCUUUUCCUACAACAAUGUCUAUGGUAUUUAAAGGUCAUGCAGAUAUGGUGAGAAGUAUUACUGCAGAACCAAUGGGACAGUAUAUUGCUUCUGGCGGUGAUGACAUGAAUUUAAAAAUAUGGGAAAUAGCAACUGGCAGAUGUAUAAAAACAAUACCGUGUGGAGGGAUAAUUAGAUCUGUAGCAUGGUGUCCAAAUCAAUCUCUAUCGCUUAUAGCAGUAGCCGCAGAAAAGAAGGUUCUUUUAAUAAAUCCUGACGUUGGAGAUCAUUUAAUUACUAAUAAAACGAAUCAGUUGUUGGAAAUAAUACCUCAAAGUGAUGUUAUAGUAAGUGAGAGAGUGAAAACUGCUGUUCAGUGGGAACAAGCAGAAGGUGAUUAUUGGACUAAUGGAAUUAGGAUAAUUUUAAAUCAUUUUAAAAUAGUAAAACAAGUGACUUGGCAUGGUAAAGGUGAUUAUUUUGCUACUGUUAUGCCCGAUGGUCAAAACAGGUCUGUCUUAAUAAAUCAGUUAUCAAAACGGAGAUCUCAGUUGCCUUUUACGAAAUCAAAGGGUUUAAUACAGUGUGUCCUGUUUCAUCCAAUUAGACCUUAUUUGUUUGUAGCGACUCAACGAAAUGUUCGAAUAUAUGAUUUAAUAAAACAAGAAAUGAUUAAAAAGUUAUUAUCCAACUCACAAUGGAUAUCAUCAAUGGCAAUACAUCCAGGAGGCGACAAUAUUUUAGUAGGCACUUAUGACCGCAAAAUGCUUUGGUUCGAUCUUGAUUUAAGUACAAAACCUUAUCAAACAUUACGUUUACAUGGUACAGGCGUUCGUGGUGUUGCGUUUCAUAAGCGAUAUCCACUUUUUGCAUCCGGUGCUGAUGAUAGAGGUCUUAUCGUUUCCCAUGGAAUGGUUUACAAUGAUUUAUUGCAAAAUGCAUUGAUCGUACCACUUAAAAGAUUAUGCAAUCACGAGUCUUACAAUGAUUUUGGUAUUUUGGACGUGAUGUUUCAUCCUAUUCAACCAUGGGUAUUUUCUGCAGGUGCAGAUUCAACAAUACGGAUGUAUACUUGAAUUUUAUAUAUAUAAUAUAUAUAUAUAUAGUUUUAAUUAAUAAAUAUUUUCCCUUAUAUGAGUC